AUGGAAUAUUAUACAGAAAUACAAAAUGAGCUAAAAUAAAAGUAUAAUCAACACUAUAAUCUAUAUUAGGUAUAUUAAUUUGUUUAUUAUUAGAAAUAAUAAUUAGAACACAAAGUACUAUGCUAUAAAAAUAAUAAUGAGGAUCCUCUUAAAUAUCAGUAAUGUAUUGAAGAUUUAAAUACAAGAAUGAAUAUGAAUUCAACUACACUUAGAAAUAGAUUUAAUUAAAUUGAAAUUGAUGAUAAAGAUUGUUAAGGUAAAUGUUAUGAUGAUUCUAAAUGCAUUUAACGAUGUUAAGAAUAAUCAAGAAAAAAAGCAAUUUAAUUAUAAGAAUAAUUUUAUAAAUUAAUGUUAUAAGAAAAUCCAGAAUACAAAAAAUUGUAAUGA